GGCCAGGCGAAAAUGUGCGCCGGUUUGCCGGGGCCGCCAGGUUGCUCGCAGUCCGCAGCCGAGUGUGGCGAUUUGGGCACACGAGACGCCAACACAGACGCGGCGCGGUUGUGCACACAAACAGCAGCGGAGUCCAUGCGCGCGCCGCGUUUUCGGUU